GGUAUGAUUCCCUUGCCACUGCAGAAAUAUUGAAGAAAAAGAAGGAAUGUUAUUGAAGCGGACACAUACAUAAUGUACUAGUAGAUGUGCAGUUGGUGAAGCCAGAGAAUCGGAUCCUCUUUGAUCAUAUAAAUGGGACAAUGGAUCAUGCUGAAGUGAGAGAACUGACUGGUACCUGACCACAAAACCAUGAUCCUUAUGACCUCCAAUUACCCUCUACCUAAACAACAUUGAAGCUUAUGGCUUAGGAGUCCAGAACCAUGCUGCUUUUUCCUCUGUUCACCUUGCUUUGGUUUUGCCUUGCUGCGGGCCAUGCUGAAGUGACAACGGCUGGAAGCACCACCAUCAAAGACAGUAGUACAGUACCACCUAGCAAUAACAGUGACAGUAUCAGUAACAAUAACAAAGAGACCAUUGAGGAUAAUGACACCAUACAGAGAGGAACCAUCAAUGGUACCUUGAGUACCGUUAGCACAAAGCGCCCUAGUACAACCACAAGCCGACCCCAACCAUCGCCCAGUGACAGCUCUGGCGUUGAUGUGAUUGAUCUCGGCCUUCUGCAUGGUACCAAUGAUCCUCAUUUUAUUGAUAUAGGUGACAGUAACGACAGCAGCCAUCAUGGGAACCAUUCUGUGCACUCCACGGAUCACCCCACACAUUCCCACGAGGGAAUUCACGUCGCCAGUUGGAACUUUGACUAUGUGAAAGCGCCUUUGGUCAUAACUCUUUUCAUUACUGUCGCAGGUUUUUGUAAAUUAGGAUUCCAUCAUGCUGAUUUCCUAUCAUCUAUAGUGCCUGAGUCUUGUCUGCUAAUUGUACUGGGGACCCUCGUGGGCGUGAUUUUAUAUUUUGCCAGGGAUGACAGCGUGUUUCCCACUCGCCUUCCACCUGAUGUCUUCUUCCUGUUCCUUCUGCCACCCAUUAUUCUGGAGUCUGCCUAUAGUCUUCAUGACCGUGUGUUCUUCCAGAAUGUUGGUACAGUGAUCCUAUAUGCUGUGGUGGGGACAGUACUCAACUGUUUCCUACUUGGUCCCACUAUCUAUGGGCUCUCCUUGGUUGGGGCACUAGGAGAGAUUGAUAUAUCCUUCACAGAGUGCCUCCUCUUCAGUUCUCUGAUAGUGGCUGUCGACCCCGUUGCAGUGAGUAUCUGGAAAUAG